GCCUGUUCGAGCUCGCUGGCAGAGCACGGGCGGCGGGGAGGAGGGAGCAGAAGAAAGCGGCGCGGCAGUGAAAGACGAGCGGCCGGCGGAGGAGCAGGGCCUGCGCUGCCAGAACCCCGACUGCCCCGACAGCAGGAGGGCCGUGAAGGUAUGCCACCACGCCGAGUGCCAGCAGCUGAACCGCGGCAGCCCCCUGAGCCUGUGUGAGGCCUGCGACGGGCGCUUCCACGGCGCCAUGCACUUCGACGGGCACGUCCGCUUCGACCUGCCGCCGCAAGGCUCCGUGCUGGCCCGCAACGUCUCCACGCGCUCCUGCCCGCCGCGCACCGGCCCGGCCUCCGACCCCGACGAGGACGACGACGCGCCCGCCGACGGCACCGGGGACGGGAGGAGCUCGGCGCUCAAGCUGCCCAAGAAGAAGGCUCGCCGGCGGCACACGGACGACCCCAGCAAGGAGUGCUUCACCCUGAAGUUCGACCUGGACGCCGACGCGGGGACGGAGAUCGUGCCGGCCGCGAGGAAGAAGUCGCUGGGGGAGGUGCUGCUGCCCGUGUUCGAGCGGAAGGCGCUGGAGCCCAGCGCGGUGGACAUCUACCUGGAGCAGUCGCACACGCCGCUGUCGCUGCGCUUCGAGGCGUACCGCUUCGGGGGACACUACCUGCGCGUGAGAGCCAAGCCCGGCGGCGAGCCCGCGGCGGACCCCAAGGACGCCCGCUCGGCCAGCCUGCCCGCCCCGCGCGACGCCGACGGCCUGGCCCCGGGCAGGCGGCGCAAGAACGUGACGGAGUUCCUGGGCGACGCCGGCGUCCCCGAGCCCCCGCCGCACGGCAGCGGCUCCCUGCCCGGCGGCGCCGGUGACACCUGGAAGAACCGGGCGGCCAGUCGCUUCAGCGGCUUCUUCGGCUCCGGUGCCGGCGCCGGGCCGCCCGGGCGGGAGGGGGACAGGCUGGAGCAGCUGGAGAGCACGCUGCACGCCUACAGCAGCUUCGGGCUGCCCAAGCUGCCGCCGCAGCUCCGCUUCGACCAGGACUCGUGGGAGGAGGAGGAGGAGGAGGAGGAGGAGGAGGGCGACGCCGCCGGCCCGGCGCUGGAGGGCAGCUGGCAGGACAUCAUCGAGGGCGCGGAGGCCCUGACGCGGCGGCAGUGCCACCAGCAGGAAGCCAUCUGGGAGCUGCUGCACACCGAGGCCACCUACAUCCGCCAGCUCCGGGUGAUCGCGGACCUCUUCCUCCGCUGCCUGCUGAACCUGCAGGAUUCGGGGCUGCUGUGCGAGGUGGACGCCGGGCGCCUCUUCGGCAACGUCGGGGAGAUCAUCGGGCUGCACCGCCGGCUGUGGAGCGGCGUCAUGGCCCCGGCGCUGGAGAAGGCCCGCCGCACCCGGGCGCCGCUGGAGCCCCUCGACGUCCUCAAGGGCUUCCGCGCGUUCGGCUCGCUCUUCCAGCCCUACGUGCGCUACUGCAUGGAGGAGGAGGGCUGCAUGGCGUACAUGCGGGCGCUGCUGCGCGACAGCGAGCUCUUCCGCGUCUACGUGGCGUGGGCCGAGAAGCACCGGCAGUGCAGCCGCCUGAAGCUCAGCGACAUGCUGGUGAAGCCGCACCAGCGCCUCACCAAGUACCCGCUGCUGCUCAAGUCCCUGCUGAAGAAGACGGACGACGCGCGCAGCCGGGAGGCCGUCGCCGCCACGAUCGGCUCCGUGGAGCGGUUCAUCAACCACGUCAACUCCCGCAUGCGGCAGCGGCAGGAGCGGCAGCGCCUGGCCGCCGUGCUCGGCCGCAUCGACGCCUACGAGGUGGUGGAGAGCGGCACGGACGAGGUGGACAAGCUGCUGCGCGAGUUCCUGCACCUGGACCUGACGGCGCCGAUGCCCGGAGCCUCCCCGGACGACACGCGGCAGCUGCUGCUCGAGGGCGGCCUGCGCAUGCGGGAGGGCAGGGACAGCAAGGUGGACGUCUACUGCUUCCUCUUCACCGACCUCUUCCUCAUCACCAAGCCCGUCAAGAAGGCCGAGCGCACCAAGGUCAUCCGGCAGCCGCUGCUGGUGGACAAGGUGGUGUGCCGGGAGCUCAAGGACCCGGGCUCCUUCCUGCUCAUCUACGUCAACGAGCUCGGCAGCGCCGUGGCCGCCUACACCUUCCAGGCCGGCGGGCCGGCGCUGUGCCGCGGCUGGGUGGAGGGGCUGCACAACGCGCAGACCCUGCUGCAGCGGCUGCGGCUGCAGGAGCAGCAGCGCAGCCGGCGCCUGCGGCAGGAGGAGGAGGAGGAGGAGGAGGAGAGCGGCGCCUCGGCGGGCAGCUCGCCCACGGUGCUGCGCCGGAGCACCGCCAGCCUCGACUCGCAGCGCUGCCCCUCGGACGGCUCCACGGAGACCAUCGCCGUGGUGGUGGUGGACGCCAGCGACGAGCUCUCCUCGCCGGACGCCGACGCGGCGCCGUUCAGCUCCCAGUCGGACGAGGCCUCGCUGGGCACCGCGGCCUCGGGCGGCACCCCCACGGCCGAGGCGCCCGCCGGCUGCCGCUCCGCCUCCCUCGACAGCGCCUACGGCACGCUGUCGCCCGCCUCGCCGCCGGAGCCGCCCCCGGGUGCCCCGCGGCCGCCCUCGCCCCGGCUGCGCCGCCGCCCGCCCGUGCAGCGCCCGCCCGCCGCCCGCCGCCUCCUCAAGUCCAAGUCGGAGGCCGACCUGCUGCUGGCCGCCCGCCCCGCCGCCCCGCGCGGCCCCGGCCCCGGCCCCGGCCCCGGCGUCGCCCACAGCCGCAGCCUGGGCGACCUCCGCGCCGCCCCCCCGCCGCCGCGCCACCGCCACCGCCGCAGCACCAGCGGGGCCCCCGGCCGGCCCCCCGCGCCCGCCGGCUCCGGCUCCGAGCGCUCGGAGCCCGAGGAGCCGGCGGGCGGCCCCGGCCCCGGCCCCGGCCCCGGCCCCGCCGCGCCGCCCCCCGCCCGCCGCGCCCUCUCGGACCCGCAGCCGCCCCGGCACCGCAAGCUCACCUUGGCCCAGCUCUACCGGAUCCGGACCACGCUGCUGCUCAACUCCACGCUGACCGCCUCGUAA